UGCUCGUAGCAGCAAUAACGCCAUAAAGAACCAAGCAGGAAAACACUGUACUCUUACCAAAAAAUAUUCCAUGGCRGACUCAUGAUCAACGUUYUCGCCAUUUGGACGACACUGGAACACAUUUGAAACAUCCUUCUUGGAUUUUGACUACAGAUUUUGAAGAUUUUUGAGCAUAAAAGGCGAUUGUUUCGGUUGGAAAUUAAGUGAAGUCUUGCAUUGAAAUCUCUCUCUCUCGUCAUGGGUUGUACUUUGAGCGCCGAAGACAAGGCGGCUGUCGAACGGAGUAAAAUGAUCGACAAAAAUCUCCGGGCUGAUGGGGAAAGAGCAGCUCGCGAAGUAAAGCUCCUCUUAUUAGGUGCUGGGGAAUCAGGAAAAAGUACCAUCGUCAAACAGAUGAAAAUUAUUCAUGAGUCAGGGUACUCAAAAGAUGAAUGUGCCCAGUACAAACAAGUUGUGUAUAGCAACACAAUCCAGUCUAUGAUAGCCAUUAUUAGAGCUAUGGGAACACUAAAGAUAGAUUUUGGUCAYGCUGCUAGAGCGGAUGAUGCAAGAGACAUGUUUGCACUAGCAGGCAGUAUGGAAGAUGUUAAAUUCACUCAAGAAUUGGUAUCGAUAAUGAGAAGAUUAUGGUCAGAUUCUGGAGUGCAAGCUUGUUUCGCUCGAUCAAGGGAGUACCAGUUGAAUGACUCCGCAUCAUACUACUUAAAUGCACUAGACAGAUUAGGUUCACCGGACUACAUUCCAACWGAACAAGAUGUACUACGAACAAGAGUUAAGACUACAGGAAUCGUUGAAACACACUUUACAUUCAAAGACUUGCACUUUAAGAUGUUUGAUGUUGGAGGCCAGAGAUCAGAAAGAAAGAAGUGGAUACAUUGUUUUGAAGGAGUAACGGCCAUUAUCUUUUGUGUUGCUUUGAGUGCAUACGACUUGGUCCUUGCUGAAGAUGAAGAGAUGAACAGAAUGAUGGAGAGCAUGAAACUUUUCGACUCAAUCUGCAAUAAUAAGUGGUUCACAGACACAUCCAUCAUCUUGUUCUUGAACAAAAAAGAYUUGUUUGCAGAAAAGAUUACCAAAUCACCCUUGUCUAUUUGCUUCCCUGAAUAUACAGGGUCAAAUACCUAUGAAGAAGCUGCAGCCUACAUUCAGAUGCAAUUUGAAAACCUAAACAAAAGAAAAGACACUAAAGAGAUCUACACACAUUUUACCUGUGCAACAGAUACCAAUAAUAUCCAGUUUGUCUUUGAUGCGGUCACUGAUGUGAUUAUUAAAAACAACCUGAAAGACUGUGGUCUCUUUUAAUAGAAAAACCAUACAUAAGAAGCUGAGCUCAACCAGAUGUGGCAGUUGGCAGCAGUGUGUGUACAUUAUCCUGUAAAGAUCACAUAACAAUAGCAAUCAUAAAACUGUUUUUAUAUUAAGUGCAUAUAAUAUUGCCAAUCCCUUGUUGAGUUCAAGUGCAGAAACCAAAAAUUCAAUUCCUCUUUGAUUUCCCAGUCAUGCAUUGCAGCCACUGAGAACUGCCCAUGCGAAGUCCCCAGAGCCUGUUGAUCACAAAUUAAGGAAGCACUGGUGGMUGCAACCAAAACGUGAUGUAGAUUUGACAAACCAGAUGAGAUAUGAUACCAUUUUAAUGUGUAAUGACCGAGCCAUUUGGUGGCUAUAUCCUUGUUUCAAGUAUUCUUUCCAAUCAGACAAAUGGUUAAGUGCAGUGCAUAGUCAUAAAUCUCAUCAUAUUGGUGAUUGGAAAAUAAGGAACAGGGUUGUACAACAACUAACUAGCAACUUAAAAGUGUCCUUAGUAUAAACUAAGUUGAACCAAUGCAAAAAGCAAGGAGCAUGGAGGUGUAUAUCAAGUGGCUGUGUACAAAUCUUAGUGUAUAAAAAAAUAGCUCAACUUUGAUAUUUUGUCUGGUUUGGAACCUGUUUAGAACGUGUUUUUGCUUUCAUUUGAUGUCCACUUUCCCCUCCAAGAAGGUUAAUUUGAUGUGUUUGUGUAUAUUCUUACCAUCGGUGCAUGUACAUGCCAUUUGGACUGUAUCUMGUAGUAGAUACAACAAACCAAUAAUUUAGUUUAUUGUGAAUGAGAUAGUAGAAAUAGAUAAUGUAAAUCUACAGUACAAUUCAGGCUGGCCGGAUGAUUUUGUCAUAAAAGAGUAUUAAAGUAUUAUGAUUUUAUUGUG